UCUGAGAGAUCGGCUGCUGUUCUUCAUCUGUUCAUUAGAUCAGUCUGAGAGAUCGGCUGCUGUUCUUCAUCUGUUCAUAAGAUCAGUCUGAGAGAUCGGCUGCUGUUCUUCAUCUGUUCAUUAGAUCAGUCUGAGAGAUCGGCUGCUGUUCUUCAUCUGUUCAUAAGAUCAGUCUGAGAGAUCAGCUGAGAUGAUCACAGUGAAAUCAUCACAAUCAGAAUUCAGGAUCAUCAGCUGAUCUUCAGGAUGGUGUUCUUCACAUCCGGAGAGUCGUCGAAGAAAGCUUGAGUGGAGAAACAUGUGCUGAUGUGUCGUGGAUGUCGGGUGUCGUCCUGCAUCGACUGCGGGAAAGUUUUGGGGUUAGAUGUUUGUGCAGAUGUGUUGUGUAGAUGUGUGUGUGUGUUGAGUGUGACUGAUGUAUUGGGGUUUGUUCACAUGGGCGACAAUUACAAGAACCACAACAAGUUCAUCAGGAAAGAUCAGAAAUAUGGAGGGAAAGAUUUCCAGGUGAAAGCCAUUAAAGGCGACGUGAAGCAGCAUCAGUGGAUUCAGAGGAUCCAGGAGGCCAUGAACAGACCCGGCGUUGAGUAUAGACUGCGUCAGGUUCUGGAUCAGGUCAGCUCGUACAAUAACGUGCCCAGGAAGAGAGCAAAGUUUGAGAAUUGGAUGGAGAACAGUCUGAUGAUACACAACCUCAGUUUAGUGGAGCAGGACGUCAGUCAAAAUAACCAUUCGACACUCCGUGAACGAGACAGAUCCACUGAGAAUCAAACAAACCUCAAUAACGGAGCUGCUGCUGAGCUGAAUGAAGAAAAUAACACGAGCAAACGGGAGAAGAAACAAACAAAAGAGUUCUGAGGAGACCUCCGAGCAGAACGGAGUAAACACCUGCGAGAAACACAAGAGAUCAGAACAAGAAGAGUCUGACCAAUCAGAGAGUGUUUACCCUGAGGGGGAGGAGUCAGUGUAUCAGAAGGCCGUCUGUGGAGAGAUUAGUUGUUUAAGGUGGAGGGGUGGGGGUGUAAGGGCUGAAUUGGACUCUUGUGUGGGACAUUCUUUCACUCUCGGGGCAGAGUUAAGCUGGCCCGCCACACAGAGGCUCCAUACAGGUGUGAGCGCUCCCCGGGUCAAGACUCGUCGCAGUCCGGUUUCCAUGUGGAGAAUGGAACGCCUGUUUGUGACUCAGACACCAGUGUGUGUGUGUGUGUGUGUGUGUGUGUGUGUG